AAACUCAAUUAAAGGAAACUUGAUGAUAACUCUUUUCUCGAUCUUCUUGCUGAAAAUGCCACUUUAA